GCACAAACCUUCUAAAAAAAAACCUAAAAAGAAAAAAGCAAGAUAGUGGUAAAUUAUGACGAAAGCAGCUUUGCAAAGUUGUAUUCAUUUCACGUAAUAUGUCAACGUAAUGCAGCAUCACUUUUCGCAGCUGAGGAAGAAAGAGUCUCCCAACUCCGAUAAUGGCACACCGGGCCGGUCGACCCGGACCCAACCGGAGAGCGCGCAACCACCGCAACCGUCCACUCGCCCCCGAUGCCGAGGAUUCCCACGCGCUGCCGAGUUCCGACUCGGACAGCUCCUCCGAAUCGGACGGCGAGUCAGCGCGCCUCUCCGGCCUCGCCGCGAGCUUCCGAAUCGUCUCGGAGUCGCUGCUGAGGAUGGAGCAGACGGAGCUGGAGAUGACCAAGGCGAGGGAGGCUCUGCGGCUCGAGGCGGAGAAUCGGCGGCUCGAGUCGGAGGCCGAGUUGACUCAGAUGCUGCUGCAGACUCAGCUCCAGAUCGCGUCGUUGGUUUCGCGGCGGAGGAGGGAUCAUCAUCCCAGCCGUAAACGGAAGCGAGCUGAGGAAGAAGGAGGAGAAAACGACUCGUCGUCUUCGCCUAAGAGUGAAGGAGCUUUGGCCUUGAGCUUGCUUCAGUGUAAUUUGUUAUUAUGAAUCAAAACCGGUGGCAAAACGGGAAUUGCAUUUCUGUACUCAAAUUGAAAGUCUUUCAUACCUGUGCUGUAAAACAAAUGCGAUUGCUAUUUAUGAAGAAGAGAAUGUACUCAUUGAUAGUAAAGAACUUAUGCACAUAA